GAGCCAUGCAGGCUCAGUCCGCCGUCGGCCGGGCGGAGGCGCGCCCGGGGUGAGCGGGGAGCGCUCGCGCCGCGGCGCGCCGGCAUGAAGCGGACCGCCUCCGACGCCGGUCUCGAGGGGCGGGCCGACGAGGCGUUUGCGUGGGAGGACGCGGACCCGCUGUACGCGCUCUUCGGGGACGUGGGGACGGAGAAGGUGUUCGGCCCCGCCGGGGAGCUGCGGGAGGAGCUGCUGGAGAAGUACCUGGAGAAGGCCGUGGUGCAGGGCGUCGUGAAGAAGCCGAAGGACUGGAUCGAGCUGUGGGCGAGGAUGGACAUCCCGCCCGACAGGCAGUCGGAGGUGCUCGCCCCGCUCAUGGCCUUCAUCCUGCGAGUGCGGCCCAAGGGGCUCGGGAGGGGUCGGCGAAUUCUGGCAGAGCUGGUCAUGGGGCACCGCACGAAGACGAAGGCGGUGCAGGAGUCUGCACAGCAGGCAUACAAGGGGCAGCGCGACGAGUCUGGCUCGCUGCGCGAGAUGAUGUUCCUGCUUUUUCCGAAGUCGCCGUGCUUCCCGAACGGCUGGAAGCGGACUGGAUGGGACUGGAAGCAGUGGUGGCAGAUGACGGAGAAGACGCUGGGGCAUUUGGACCCCAUCGUUCGGUAGCAAAUUCUGUGAGACUCAUAUGUUUUUUUGCAGUUCUGCCCGUAGAGUGUACUAGCGUGCGCUCACGUCUGGUAGUCGAUGAGACAGCGCCAUUUUAGCGUCGAUCAGCGUCGGUCAGUGCCGAUUCUCGGGCCGGGCGAAAGGGGGGGAUUGGGAAAGGGGGGGUUACGAAAUUUGAUGCAUGCAGCUGGUUUCGGCCUCACCGAGGGGCCCAUUCCUCGAUACAUG